CGACAUAAAAGCCAUCAUUUUUACCAGUAAUUGCGAGAGGUCAAAAGGGAGCCCAAAACGGAGGGGAAAAUAUUUUCAACAUCAGAAGCGUACGCAUCUUUAGAUCGAAAGAUUGGCUACUGUACAAAGCGAAUUUGCAUGCAGACGGCGCUGUCACGUACGAAACUGGAAUGGAGCUAAAUGAAAUUCAAGCUGAUUAAUGGAGGUGAAGGGAUUGCCUUGAUUUAAGGCCUCCGGGAGAAGGCAACAUCUGGAAUGGUAGGAGAAGGGGGUUAAGGGGAGGAGAUGAUGGAGUCAUCCAAGUCCAUAACGGAGAGCGUAAAUGGGUCGCAUCAUUUCGUGAUAAAUGGGUAUUCGCUGGCCAAGGGGAUGGGGGUUGGGAAGUACAUAGCGAGUGAUACGUUCACUGUGGGGGGUUAUGACUGGGCGAUUUACUUCUAUCCGGACGGGAAGAAUGCAGAGGACAAUUCGGUGUACGUGUCCCUGUUCAUCGCGUUGGCGAGCGAGGGAAGCGAUGUGCGGGCGCUCUUCGAGCUGAAGCUGCGAGACCAGAGCGGCCACCACCGUCACAAGCUCCAUUCCCACUUCCACCGCUCCCUAGACACCGGCCCUUACACUUUGAAGUAUCGAGGCAGCAUGUGGGGUUACAAACGCUUCUUUCGAAGAGCAGCACUUGAAACAUCAGAUUUUCUCAAAGAUGACAGUCUUGAUAUAUUCUGUACUGUUGGAGUAGUGGUCACCCAUACCGAGGGACCAAAGCAAUAUGCCGUUCCAGUACCAAUCUCAGAUCUGGGUCAGAAUUUUGGAGCAUUGUUGGAAAGUGGGGAGGGCACUGAUGCCAGCUUUGAUGUUGAUGGGGAGAUAUUCCAGGCACACAAACUGGUGCUUGCAGCUCGUUCACCUGUCUUUAAGGCCCAGCUUUAUGGCCCAAUGAGAGUCAGGAAUAUAGAUAACAUAAAGAUCGAAGACAUCGAAGCACCAGUGUUCAAGGCAAUGCUUCAUUUCAUUUAUCAUGAUACUCUGCCAGAUACAAAUGAACUUACAGGAUUUACAUCAACAUCAGCUGCCACGUUGAUGGCCCAACACUUGUUAGUAGCUGCAGACCGCUAUGGUUUGGACAGGCUAAGGUUACUCUGUGAAGCAAAAUUGUGUGAAGAAAUUACCAUUGAUACAGUUGCCACCACCUUGGCUAUUGCAGAGCAACACCAUUCUUCCCAGUUGAAAUCUGUUUGUCUCAAAUUUGCUGCAACACCUGAAAAUCUAGGAGCUGUAAUGCACACAGAGGGAUUUGAAUACUUACAAGAGAGCUGCCCUUCUCUCUUAUCUGAGAUUCUGGAAACCUUUGCAGGAGUUGAGGAAGAUUCUCUCAAUGUUGGUAAGAAAAGAAUUAGUGGGUGGGUGCAAGUUGCAGACAGGUCUGAUGCAAAUGGAAGGCGUGUAAGGUCAAGGAGUCCUUACCUUCCUCCUGAUUAUUGAUGCUAAAUGAUCCAAGAAUUGGUCUAUGAUAACAUGUUCCUGGAGCUUGGAGGGUUACAUAUUUUGCUGAAUUUAUCUAAAUAUUCAUUAGCCGAGUGAUAGGUGAGAAAUCUCCCAGUUUUGGCAGACUGAAAAUUUAUCUGCGAUUGUUCCAUAAUGCACUUCAGAUUUGCAGUGUUGGCUGAUGUUUACGCUUUAUGAAACAUAUUUCUUAUGCAAGGGUCUGGAUUCUGAAGCCAAUUGUUGUGCAAACAUUCAACUUCACUUGCAACUAUAUUCACCAGGAAAUAUGAAUCUCGGUUUAUCGAAUGAGAUUUUUGGACUGUAUUUGAAUUUGAGCCUAAUUGUAUAUAAUCAUGGAACCUUUGCGUAAAGUGGGUGGAGGAAGGGCCUAUUUAAAAUGCUCUGUAUAAUACAGAAUCGUAUUUGUUUACAUACCUUUUUUGGGACUUUUAUUUUGAGUCAUUGAAAGCUACCAACGUUACUUGUUC